AUGCGCGUCGUGCUCCUAGAUCUUCUUCUCCAGACCGUGUGGGAAGCCGCCCACCACCACCCAGCUCUGCUGGGCUUCCGCCACGGGCCUUCCGCUGUCUCCUCGUUGCACUCUUCUUCUUCCUCGUCCUCGAGGACGGCCUCCUGUGACUCGCCUCGUGUUUCUUCCCGGCUUCAAGGAGACGGCGCGGCAGCGCGAAGAGCGUCAUUUGCAGGGGAACGGCUGGAGAACUGUGAGAGAGAGAGGGACGCAUACAGACGCCCCAAGCGACAGGGGGAGGACGAGGACGCAACGUGGGAGGGGAAUGGGCUUUCGGAAGCGACGUCACGCAGCAGGGACACGCCGUAUCUGCGGAAGGCCGCUGCGGCUGCACACGACGCGUCUCUGGUCCGACCGCGUUCCCGACAAGAAACACAAGGCGAUCACGCAGAAGAAGGGAGAGUGACAAGGCCGUCGCUCGAGGGACCGGGUGUAUCUGGAAACAGAUCCGAGACACAAGAAGGCGAGGGCGUGCUCCGGGUUUCGAGGCGACCUCGUGAAGAAGAGAACGAUUUGCGUCCGUGCACGAGCAAAAGGCGAACUGCAAAGCAAGUGACGGUUGCGUACAUCUUAGGCAAAAUUGAGACGGCAACCAGCGACGUGCAGAGGCAGAUGUGCGAUGACGAAACCGACAGCGACGACGAAACCGACAGCGACAACGAAUCUUUCUCCUGGCAAGUCCCCGUUGUGAGCAGUCAGCUUCUCAAUCAGGCGGCAACCAUUUCAACGCUGAAGUGCGGCGCCCUGGGGGAAGAGGUUUUGGAGGCGGCGCCUUCGCUCGUCGGGCCCGCGGCUUCCGCAUCGUCGGCGACAUCCUCUUCUCUCCCUGAGUCUCUUCUUUUUGUCUCGUUGACUCACGCAGGCGCUGUGCUGGAUUGUCUGGUUCAGCAGCAAAUGCAGGCGACCACGGCUGCGUCUUUGGACUCGGGAGAUUCUUCGUCGCUCGCGUUCUCGCCGCACUUUGCCUUUGCCUCGUUCUCGCGCCUUCUCCAACUCCUGCUUCUUCUUCUCCCUCGGGAGUGCACACGCGCCGCCGUUCCUCUGCUUCUAGCCCCGCCCUUCCUUCCCACCGGCGCCUCCCUGGUCUCUGCGUCUCCUUCUGUGCCAAGCCACCGCAGCCCUCGCGUAGGUGCCCGGCCGUUUACCAGUCCUCCGGCGGUGUUUUCAUCCUCCCUGUUUCCCCCGUCUCCGUGGCUGCUGGAGCUGUUCUCGGUUCUCUUCCUGCGCCAGCCGUCCCGAAUCUCUCCCGCCUCAACCGAUUCGCUUCUGCGGUAUCUUCUUCCCCACGUCCUGUCGCCUGCCUCGGCUGGCGGUGCCGGCCGGCGACUGGAUGCGGGAAAGAAGCGAGACGCGAAGCAUGGCGGCGCAAGGAGCAAACAGGGGGAGCCCGCCGUGACGGAAGGCUCGGCGGUUACAGAGCACCCGAUGGCGAGGCUGUGGAUGCCCUACGCGUUUGCCAGGCCGCUUGCGUCUGCGUCGGCUUCUCGCACAUGCGCAGCGUGGACGUCCCUCGCCUCGCUCUCCCUCUGGUCUCUAUUUCCCUUGCUCCUCCGGAACAUGGCAACGCCUGGAAGCGGGCGAGCCCUAGACGACGCACGACUCGGUGGUCCUUUGCCGCGUGCGUCUCCCGUCGACGCGUUGGCCUCGGGGACCGGCCCGAUGUCGAGUCCUCUUCCGCUGCGCGUUGCGGGCUCAAAGGCUUCGGCGUCAAACCCAGUUUGUGACGCUUCCUGUCCCCCGAUGAGAGGACAGACUCUGUCGCUCACGCGUUUCUGCGACCUUCUCUACUUCCGGUCUUCGUGCCCAUCUGCCUCGCCUCUCCUGCUCUCGCCUGGGCCUCCUUACCCCCCCACGGCACACCUUCCUUCGUCUCCCUUCUUGCGUGUCUCUGCGUCGUCUUUAUCUCCAUGUGCAAGUCCCUGUUCGGUGGGCAGCGGCUCGUCCUUCGCAUCGCGCAUAGGUCCCCGAGGAGACACCGCUGUCUCCAGCGCGUCGCCGGCGUCUCCGCACAGCCCCAGCGGGGAAGAUUCGAUUUGUCCGCACCCGCUGUCUUGUUCGCUCCAACACGCAUCGCCCGCCCUGGCCUACAGGGAACGGCAUCAAAUUUCCCUCUCGCUGUUGCUUCGCCUUCGCCGACUCUCAGAAGCGUCCCGAGCCUCUCCGCUCUUUGGGCAGCCACGCAGGGGUCCAUCUCCCGCGGGUUCUGCUGGCUUCGCGGCAUCGGCCGAUGGCGCUUCGUCGUCUCCUCUGGGCGGGGUGGCGUCUUCUGCGUGGUCUCGCUGGCAAAUGGAAUUUCGCUUUAACGAUGUCUCGUCUCUCUUCCGGUUUGCUCCAGUGCCUCUCGCUCCGUCGCUCUCCUGCCUCGUCUCUCCUCACGUUCUCUUCACUGCUCGAGAGCCGCCGUGGGCGGCCUCACCGGAACCUUCCGGCGACGCGCCGGGCUUCAGUGGGGGCCUUCCCCGGGUCGUGCCCCGUGAGAGUCUGCAUGCGGCUGCCGCGAAGGCGACGGCAAGCUCGGGAAACCCGAGGGGCGAUCUGUACUCCUCAGCGGUCACAGGCGCGCCGCUCGCGACCGAGACCGCUUCACUCAGCUCGCGCUUCCCCGAAAACGUCAUUGCUGUUUUCUACAGAAGUCACGUGCAGUGCACUCUGGCGGUGCUCGCUCUCUUCCGGACCAGAGCGGAGGGCAGUCAAAGGCGAUCUCGACGAGGGACGGACAGGGGGGACUCCCGCGACGACUCGCGGUCUGGUCGCAAGUCGCCUGGUUCUGCCAGUCAGUGCUUUGCCACUUUCGGUUCGUCCUCGGAGUCUCCCAACACGCUCCCCCCGUGGGAAGCAACGCAGCUCAUCCCCACAGUGUCCCUCUCGGAUGCAGUGGCGGCGGCCUCUCGGUUUCUGCGAUCUCUUCGCAUUGCCUCACUUGUCCUCCCCGCCGAGCUCUGGGUGUCGCCUCUCCCUAGACGCACGCGGCGCCGCGACGCGCUUCGUCAUACCGUCCCUGCAUCGCCAACCUCUGCCUCCGACACCGACGUCUGCGCAAGGCGUCAGCGGGCGGAAAAAAGUCGCAGGUCGACAGCCGAUGGUGCCUCAGACUCCUCUGAGUCACAGUCGGCUUCGGCGCGCUCUUCUUCGUCUGAUCCAGACGAUGCAUGUGGCAGAGGCGGCUCCAGGAAGUCUCCGGCACGGCGGCCGCUUGGCGCGUGGAAACAGGAGAGGCGUCGUCGGAAAUCCAGAGCGAGGCAUCGCGAAACAGCAAAGGGACGAUGUGGCAAGAGACGCCGCUGGAGGCCGCUCGCCCCCUGUGCGGCCGGGUGUGCCACGUGGCUAGCGAUCGACUGUUUGCUUUGCCUCUUUCUUCGCGCCCUCGACCCUGCGCACACAACGAGGGCCUGUGGCGGUUUCUGGCAGGGAGCACGAGCUGCCGACGCGUUUGCCGCGAUUUCACCGUCGACAGUGGCUUCUGCCGAUUCCUCGGCGACUCAAGAGAGGCGGCCAGGACAGGCUGCGCGGACCGACGCACACGUGGCGCGGCCCGAAGACAGCAGUGGAGGCUGGCGAGUCGCCCCAGGCUCCGGUGUGGCGCGCGGCGACGCCUGCAGGCCAGAGGCGCGUUCGAGAGCUGAGUGUUUGGACGAAGACGCGUCCGAGGCCAGGACGCUUCGAUCGGUUGGAGCGAACGGAGAAUCGGUGUCAGACCCGGUGGGGAAGAAACUGUGGCGGCAUGCGGUUUCGUGCGAGGACACUGCCGAAGCGCAGCAACUGAGAGAGACAGCUGGCGAUGCAUCGGGCAGUCGAGAGAGUCCGUUAGAGAACCGGUGUCAGGCGGCGCUCGACCCGCGGCAUGUCGAAUCUCUGUGGAAACUUUGGACGGAGAGUUUCGUGCUUCUCCAGUCUCAGGGCUUGCCGUUCCCCCCAGCCUGCUUCGCCUGCGACUCGGGGCUCGCCUCAGAGUCGCUGCCUUUCCGGCGACCCAAAGGAUUCGCGGGCGUGCCGGCGGCUGUCGACAGAGGCGCGGCCGAUGGCGCGGACUACGGCGUGGCGAGAAACACCCGACUGAGCGUGGAACGCACGGCAGACAGCAGCCUGGCAUCAGGCGGCCCCGCAGAUGAAGGCACGAGGAACGGGGGUCGAGACGACGGGUCGGAGUGUUCGCUUGCCGGUCUGAUGUUGGGCGGCUGUGAGCCACAGGCCGACCGCGCGGCGGUGCAUGCAGCGGAUCGCCGCGAGGGACUUGGAACCGAAACGGCUAGGUGUCAGAUGAAAGCGGACUUGUCGAGAGGAUGUGGGUCAGAGAGCGACAGCAAGCUGGGUGAACGGAUGGCGGUGGAGAGCUGUGGGCAGUGGGGGACGCGGACAAUUCCGGAGACUGCGGCAGCAGGGAUUGGAGCGUACUGGCGACUGUACAGCUUCGCCUCGAGUCCGAGGCUCACCUGUCUGCAUUUUCAGCUUCUCGCGAGUCUUGUGGUCGCGAGUCUCAACAGUUCCGGCUCGGUGCCGUCGUCUGCAGCGAGUGACAGCCGAAGACGGAACGCACUAGGUUUGAGCAUUUCGCCUUUCUUUGGAAGCGGGUCUCUGGCGGCCCAAACACCCGAGGCCAGUUGGACACAAGAGAGCGAAGAAGGCAAUAAAGCGCACGUCGAGGAAUCCCGCGGAGGCCUGGGGAUCCACAGCGACCAGGAUGAGAGAGGCGAGCGGGGUCGUGCGUCGUCUGUGUCUUCGUCGGCGUCGAAGAGAAACGGCGGAGUCGGUCGGCAGCUGGCGAGGCCGGGUCUGGGAGAAGCCGACACCUCGAUGGGAAAAGAGACACGAGAGACGGACGUCGCGCGAAAUGAGCUGCUGCCGUCUCCCUUCACACUGUUGCGUCUGUUGCUGGCUUCACUCUCCGUCUUCUCAACCGCCGCGUCGACACCCGCUAGCUGUUUCUGCCCCUGCGCCGCUUGGCCGGCCGCUCCCGAUGUGCAGCUCACCAUCCCUGGAGACACGAGGAAGCGCCCUGCAUCUGACGGCUUUUUCGCCGGUACACACGAGCGUGCAUGCGCCACAAAUGGAGAGCUCGUCGGCUGGUGCACGCGAGAAACGGAGAGAGACACCCAUAUGGAAGAGCGGGGUGGAGACUGUGAGGACCGGCCACGCAGCAGGGGUGAACGCCCACGCUCCUUUUGCGACGACGUGAGCACAGACAAGACACGCCAGCAGGACUGGAGCUGUGGAGGCGACCCCGGCGCGGAUGUCUCCCGUUCCUCGGCGGGGGCUGCCCCGUCUGCAGACUCGUGUUCGCGUGCGCCUCUUCGCCACCGGCCUCUAUGGGCUGUGUGCAUCGAGCUGUUGCAUGCGCUCGUCGCAGGAGCCUCCGCGUCGUCCAUCGUCCAAAUUGUGGCGGCGGGCGGCGGCACUGGAUCCGGCAGUUCUCGUCGGACGUCCGCGGAUUCCAUCGCUGAGGAUGGGGACGUCUCCGUUCGUCUAGCAGGCUGCAGAUCUUCUUUUUUGAAUGGGCGAGACGGUCAAGAACGUCGAGCUGAUCGCGCGCCGCAGGAAACCUUACAGCGCGAAAUAGAGGCAGCGCACCAUCAAUCGUUAUCGCGCUCUCCUCCGUCCCCCGCGACACUCGCGCCUCCGUGCCCGUCGCCUUCCACCAGGCCUUUAGAGGCGCUUUGGGCUGCGGGUGGCGGUCCAGCGGUUUUCUACUAUUAUUUUGAUUGCAUGCCUGGAGCCGGUGACGAGAAUCCUAUUCACUGUUUCUCCGAUACCGAAAGCGAGACGAAGUUCCGAGAUGAGGAAUACAGUCGAAGGCUCGGUCUGUUGGACGCAGCGGCGAGCCUCAUCGGAAUGGAGACGCCCCUCGCUCUGCUUCAGCCGCCGUUUCUCGCGUGGUUGGUGACAACCGCCGCAGGCCUCGUUGUGGCUGCUCCUGCUGCGUCGGCGACUGAAGUCGGAGCAACUCUCCUCGCGGUCGCGCAAGGCCUCCGUCGCCUGCUGGAUUCUUUCCAGGACGGGGACUCGAACGCACCCGCACGAAUCGAGUUCCCGCCUUCCUCCUCUUCACCUGCGUCUGCUUCCUCGUGCCCCGCCUCGGAGACGACCCCGUCGAUAGGCGCUCUCUUGUGUCGCGCCUUCUUCAUUCCGCUCGACGACACUGGGCUGCACGCGCUACUGGGCUCAUGUUCUGCGCCGCAUUCGCCGUUGUCCCCCGCUGCACGGUUUCUGCGGAGAGCGACAGAGGCCAAGAGCGUUCUCACCGCCAUUGUGGAGAUCUUUUCGGACCACCUUCCGGUUUCUGGCCAAGACGUCGAUGAGCGCGAUCCGCACACCCUGACUCUAGUAGGCCAGUUGAUAGCGGAGCUUCUCGCGCUCGGACGGCGAGAGCAAGAGGCCGUGGGCAAGGAAGUUGUGGAUGUCCUCGCCUCAUUGAUCGUCGAGAGAAAUGCGCCGCUGCUUCUGGGGAGAGACCGCGAAGGGGCGGGGAGCGACGACGGCCAACCGCCUGGCGAUUCGGUCGACGAGUGCAGGGACGAGGAAAAUGAGCAGGCCUGCCGAGUAGGUGGAGAGCAACGAGACAGCACAAGAAACACAGAAGCAUCGGUCGAGACCGGCGGCAGGGGACGCGAGGGAAGCGGCACGAAUGAUGUCGAAAUCUGGGUCCUCUCAGCAGCCGCUCGAGACGAGAGGCAACGGCGACGCCGAAACAGAGACGAGGACGCGCUGCUGCAGGAUAACACAGACAACCACUUGGAACCCACUAUGGCUGAGGUUUCCCUCAGGCUGGCCCCGUCGACGGUUUGUGUCUUGUUGGAGGCGUUCGAAGCCGCGGACGUCUUUCGCGACCUCCUGAAACCCGUUCAGCGUUCACUGGCGUUUCGACUCAGCCUGUGUGCCUCGUACGUUGGCGGCAACCUGCUUGCUGGGCUUCGGCGUUCCUCUUCACGUCUCUCUCGUCUUUCUUCCUCAGCUCGUGGUGCUAGCACAGAGCCGUACCCCUCUGCGUGCGCGCGCUCUCCUUCGUCAGCCUCGCAGUCGGCUUCGAACGCCUUCGGCUCUGCUCUGGGCGGCCCCGAAGUCGAUCGGCAGGCGUCGAAGCCUACCAUCGGGGGAGUCGGGGGCCGCACGCAUGCAGGCAGGCCUCGACCCCAGGUUCAGCCGAAGGCCUUGACGAAGGAACGAAACCCGACGGACUGGAGCCACGGCUACAUGCCGUGUGGAGACAUCGUCGCUCUUCUGGCCCUCUCGGCUGCAUGCGUCGGCGUCCCCGACUUGACUGGGGAUGCUCUCUGGGCGCUGAUUCAGGGCUACGCUCUGGCGGAGGCAGCUGAAGCUUCCGUGCUCUCAGCCGGAUCCCUCGAGGCGGCGCCCGGGACCCGCUGCUUGCAUUCAGACCCGUUGGGGCCUUCAUCGGAUCGCGCCGUGUUGCCUUUGUCUCUACGCCAAGAAGGCCGCCAGCGGACCGGGGCAAUCCGUCUUGUGGACCCUGACCGCGCCGCAUACACAGCGCGUGUGAAGAGAGAACGACGAGACAAAGACGGAGACGGGCAGCCAGCAGAAGCAGGGAACGAGGAAGCCUAUCAAUGGGACGAAGACAGAGACGCUGCCAUCGCUCUGCAGAUUUUGUCGGUUUCCCUAUCCCGGCUCGCGUCGCCAUUGACAGCUGCCUUGUCCCACGUUCUCUCGUUGAUCGCACACCGCCAAAACUUCCCUUCGGUUCGGGAACUUUUGCUUUCGCACCUCCCUUUCUUUCUGGUCCAGUGGCUGUCUCUGCGAAGGCGGAUCCGCAGGGGCCAGGACGCGCACCCGAGUCUGCGGUCAGGUUUCGAGAGGAACCUGGCGCCUUCGUCGAGCGCGGGGUCUUCAUCGCGCGAGGGUGCAAGGCACACGCCUCAGGCCGUUGAGCGCGCACACGCUGAGCCUUUCACGGGCCUCGCACGCCCUAGGGCGGGCCUUCAAGGGCUGACAGCGGGCGCUGAACAGGAAGACAGCGUCGAUGUUGGCCACGAAUGGAGACUGGUGGUCUGGCCUUGGAGUGCCUUGGCAUCUCUCUGUUCUUCCACCUCGUCCCGGUCCUUGGAUUGCGGAACGCGGCGAUAUGCAUCGGUGAGGACUCCGGCAGGAGCAGCCGAACAUGGCGACGGGAGAGAUAAUCAAAGAGCCGGGAACCGACAAACGCCUUACCACGGAGAUUCGCAUGUGCUGGAAAGGACGGAGGACAAGCGGAUCAAGCGCAUCGAUGACGCCGACCACUGGGGAGCCUUCGGCGACGACACCGGCGACGGAGAAGGAAGAGAAGGAAGGUGGAACGGUGCGCGUUCCACUAAGCUUGCCUCUUUUGAGGACGAAGGCGACUGGACCCGGGGGCGGUUGCCGGCGGGGCGACGAAGAAGCCUGCCGGAGGCUGCACGCAGAUUCCUGUACACGCAUGCAACCACGCUCCUAGGAGCCUGUCUCGUGUGUGGCAUGGACUCGGUGGAGGCGGCGGACUUCGUGGAGGCGGCGACGGGCAUGCGAGAGGAACGACCCCGUUUCUGGGAGAGGCGGGGUUCGGUCGUCCUGGCGGGGUGUCUGCUGACGCCGCACUACUCUUUGCCUUUCUCGUCCCGUCAGGCGCCUUCCCCUCGGUCUUCAGAUAGCUCGAAGAGGCGUGCUGCAGACGACAGAUCUAGCUGCGAGGAAGGGGAGCUCCGACCGACAUCCCCUCAAAGGAUCCCAGACUGCGAUGGCUAUAUCUUGCCGGCGGUUGCCAGACUCGUUCUUAACUUCUCCAACUGCCGAGGGUUUGCACCGCUCUCGUUCAUCACCGCCUGCGCGUCGCUCGCGCAAUGCCUGAACAUGAACCCUCAAGGAGACAGCACUGAGGCUGCUGAGGCAGCGAACGCGGGAACAAACUCUGGCCAGCCUUCCGCUGGUUUCCCUCUCGCGUCUUCCUUCGCUGUCGCUUCUUUCUCGGAUCGGGCUUCUAUCUCGGGCGCUCCUGCGAAGCUAGCAGCUGGUGUCACAAAUGCGAGCCAGCGCGCUGUUUUCGGGCGGCGGUUCCCCUCGUUCUCGCGCGACUGCCUCGAGCCUCACUUCUUCGUGUUUCUCCUCUCGCUCGAGUACAGUCUGCGUGCGCAAAGUGCGCCGCCAGCAUCUCCCCUCGCCGACGCUUCGACGCUUCUCGGCUUUUCGUCAUUGUGUGCGGGCGUCUCAACUGGAAGGGCGAGCGACGGCGGGGAAGGCAAAGGAGGCCUGGCUGCUUCCGGGUCUCUCGCGAGACAUCAGCAGCGAUUUCAGCUUCUCCUGGAGGUGGCCGAAGUCGUGCUACCGUGCGCUUUCUCCUCCGGUGCUCGGUUGCAUGCGUUCCUCCUGUUUCUGCUCCGACUCCUCCUCUCUCCCCUUGCCUGCUCAGCCAACCGCCGCCCUCGCCAGAGAAACGUGAAGACAGGGUCGCCUCCUUGGGCACCGUCACCGGUCCCCUCUGCGUCUGCUUCGUCUUGUGUUUGGCCUCCUUCCGAUGCGUCGGCAUGCGUGUUGUUGGAGACCGCGCGAAGGCAGACGCGCGACAUGCAGCAGGGAGGAACUGACGUUGCUUGGCAGCAGACCACGUGGGUUGUCGAGGCUGAGGAGGCGGAGCAGACCAAGUUCUCGCAGCUCCUUCUCACGAUCUUCCUGGCAGUCGUCGCUGGAGCCUCUUCGGCAACUCUUCGAAACGCCAUGUCCGUGUCGUCUCCAUCCAGGGAGAAGGCCCGAGAGGCCGCCCUGUCCGGUUCUUCGGAGAAAUCGUCUCUCUCAGGAGAUGCUCCAUCGUCAGCUGUGCGUCGGUGCGCUCCUGCUUCCCUGUCUUCCGCGUCUUCUCUUGCUGCUUUGCCGUCCCCCUCGGUGCCGGUUUCGCGACCGCCCUCGUGGGAGAGUCGAGAUUCUGGACAGCAAGGGGAGAGAGACAGGGGGAUAGCAGGACGACGGGGCAGAAGCUGCAGACGCGCCACCGUACCCGGAUCCUUCCCUUCGCCUCUCUUGGGUGCCCUCGUGCAUGCACUCGUGGAGACAUAUGCAGACCCAGAGGGCCUCGUGGGGUCACUGGCGUCUCGCUCCACACACGUGCUGGCCAUCUCUAUCGAGGCCACCGGCGCACACGAAGCGCCGAAUGGGCCAGACAGAGGGGAGUCGGAUCGUCGCCCUUCGUCCGCGGCUUCGUCGCCUCCGUUCGCCUCAUCGGCUUUCCAGUGCACCUGUGAUGCGGCGAAGGAAGCCCACGCCUGCAGCGGAGAGGCUCCGCCGUCGUCGCACGCGCAGCGAAGGCAAGUUGUCGCCACCGUACACCGCUCGAUCGGAGGCUCUAGCGAACCAGACGGGGUCAUCGACGCAUUGCCGGCCCCGCCGCUUCUUUCCUCUUGCCCCAUCUUCAUCCUUCUUCGGGCGCUGGUCACCCGCCUCUGUGGGCGCCCACCCGCCGCAGAAGAAGCGGGUGCUACGCGAGAACGGCACGGCCGCGCUGACCGGCGCGCGUUGCUGAGCGCUCGUUUCGGUGAGACUGCGGACGAGGGCGAAGCGCCAAACAACGCAGCUGUUCAGGCGGAUCCAUCACGCACCGGCGGCAGGCGAUUCCAGAUUCCCUCUCAGGCUACGUCUCGGGGGUCAGUGACCUCCUGUACUGAGGACGUCUCCUCGACCGACGCCUCCGUUCCUGCUUCCUCUUCCUUUGGUUUUUGUGCUCUGCCCGCACGCAGUAGACCUAGGCCUGCUUCGCUCGUUGUGGGGUGCGUGGGCUUACCUCUCGCGUCGCUCUUUUCCGUCCGCCCGCUUCUCCGCAAAGAGGCACGGGAGUCUCUCGAUCUCCUCGCUCGCGAGGCAGCAUCGCGUCUUGUUGGUGCAACCGCUGGGCUACCCGGCUCCCAGCGAUCUGAGCCGGAGUCGCCGUGGAGUCGAGCCUCUUCGUUUCGCGCUCCUCCCCAGCCGGCGCUUGCUUCCGGAGACCAGGCACAGAGGCCCGACGGCGACGCACAGACUCGGGGCGACGCCCGAGAAGCCGGGGCUGCGUCCGGAUCCGAUUCGCCACUCAGCGGGCUCAUCCAGACGGACCAGUGCGCACUAGGAUUGCAGCGACUUGCUCGCCAACUGCCCUUCUCGUCAACAGUGGAGUGGCAUCGUGCAUGUGCAGCAGAGGGCCUCGUUCCCUCCGUCGCUCCGUCUGCGGGUUCGCCUUGGGGGUCCCGCCGCUGUUCGCAUGCGUAUGAGAGGGCGUCGACGCGGUCCGAGCACAAGUGUGGAGACGCCGGGGCAAGCGACACCGCGCGAAACGAGGAAGGGAACAACGGCGGCCACGUAGGCGAGCGGCGAACGUCGAACAUCGGAGAGGACGAGGAUGAAGCAGGUUUAUCUGACGAGCAUGCGGAAGCGUUCGUGGAGAUGUGUCUGUCUCUGCAUGCGCCGCGGCGCACGGCUGAUAUGUAUGCGUCUUCCGGCCGCCAAGAACCGGAUGAGGGUAACACCGACGAACUUCAAACUGUCGCUGGGAGACCCGUGUCGAGCACGCGCCCAUCCGGUUUCCAUCACGACAGCCCAGCCUGCGACCACUGGGGCACAGACCACGCAUCAGCGCCAUCGAACGCCGUUCCGUUUCAGCACUUUUGGGAUGCCGAAAAUAUGCCAUCUUCCCAGGCCUGGGCGCUACGUCAGUCGCGGCCUGUCUUUGCCGACCCUAGGCAAGAGGCCGCGUUCUACUCCAGAGUGUCCGCUGCCGCAGAUGCGCUGGCGUCGGUGUUUCUUCUCUCCCAAGAACGGAAAGCAGAGUCGCUGCUCCUAGGCCUGGCCAAUCGCCAACUGGCGCCGAGGCGUCGGCAGGGAUCUUGCGAGAGUCUGUUUGCAGCUGCGCGUCCGCAGUCUCCUCGGAACGCCUCGAAUGGACAGUCGGCCGACGCCGCAGAGAGCCGUGAAGACGCGAGGGACGCCAGAGCCCAAUCUCUGUCUCCAAACGUUCUAAAAGCGCACCUUCUGCUCUACCUGUGUGGAGACACCGAAAUCAACAAGACCUGGCGACACCUGGGCGCGAGCCUUCUCCUAACCCUGCCGCCUACAAACCUCGCGGCGCUGCGCGAUGUGCUCCCGGUGCAAGACAGCCACGCCGAGAGGAGUCUCAGUGGCGCUUUGUCCUGCCACAGGUUGCUUUCACUCUUGUUUCGGUUUUUUGCUCCUUUCGCGGACGACGCGGCGGCGCGAAAGGGAACGCGGAGUCAGACGCGCCGGCUGUUAGCUCACGACGGAAUCGAAGAGCCGAACGAAAAACAACACGUCCAGCCUAUUCAGCUACUGACGGUUCUAGGCUUGGUGGCCACCAGCGCGACGCUUUGCGAUCCUGGAGUUUCUCACGCGCUGAGGCUGGUCGCCCUGCUGUCUCUUCAAAACCUGCGCGCGCCAGCGGCGAGGCGUCUGUCUCCUUCCGUGUUCUCUUCCCUGUCUUCUGCCUCGCUGCUGUCGUCCGGUUUUGCGUGGGGCUUGCAAGAAAAGAGCCUUUCUGCUUCCGCGACCAACGAGAAAACCGCCAAGCAGGGGAGCGAGGAAGCCGAGCGAGGAUCGGAACCCGACGGCGACGUUGAUGAUGUGGAAAGACUGGCAAGAACGAUCGGCGGCGCGUCGCCUCUGAUGGCUCUAUUAACUUCCACAGUGGCGCAAAUCACCAGAGAGAACGACGCUCCAGCCCUGUUGAACUUUUUGUGCGCACAGAUCCAUCUUCAGCUUGGUAUCCCUCUGUCGGGUCCGACGUAUUCCCCUCUCACCGUCACUUCUUUUUUCCGGAGCACGGCGCACAUGUGGCCGCCGGUGACCCUCUCCGAGCGGCCCCGGGCGUGGACGCAAAACGCGGGCGAAUUCUUUGUCGCAAAGGGAGUCGCAGAGUCGUCUCUUUGCAGAGGCAACGCGACCCCGAUGCCGCCAACGCCGUGGGUAGCACGUGUCGCUGCCAGCCUACUCUUCUUUCUGGACAAAACAGCUUCAGGCCAAAUCCGAGAAGAGGACACUGAAGAGAGCGAAGGCGAAACCUCGCGAGAUGCACCCAUUUCGGUCGGUGCUGCGUCGGCGGUUUCGGACGCGGAAGACAGUGAGAACGAGGUGAGCAGAGAGCGAAUACGGGCGCGGGGCUUUGUUCCUGCUCGGGACUCUUCACACUCGCGGUAG